AUGAACACCACUUUCUCUACACCAAGUACACUUCCUUUGGAAGAGAAGCCUGUGGUAGGCCUUUGGGGCUGUGAACUGAACAGCACUACCAGGAAGUGUGUAGUGAAGUUGGAAGACAGCUUACUGGAACACAUUGUGUAUUUGAAGUCAGUGUCUCUGGGAGAGGGAGCCAAGGAUGAGUUGCACGUGGUGGCAGUCGAGUCCAAAAACAUGACCAGCGUCUACAAGCCUAUGCCCAUUGUAUCACUACAACGCUCUGUUUUACCCAUGGUCAGUCUGGGCAGCUUUGAAUUCACCCCUCCUGUUGCCUUUGUGCUCAAGUCCGGAACUGGGCCAGUCUAUCUUCUUGGUCAGCACUUGAUCUUGGAAGGGGAUUCUGAUUACGAGUCACCAGGAUAUGAUACCCAGGCGGAUGAUACCCAGACAGAUGAUACUCAGACGGAUGUAGAUACUCAGAUGGAUGAUACCCAGACAGCGGUAGAUACCCCGAUGUAUGGUAGCCAGGCCGAUGUAGAUGAUGCCCAGACGAAUGUAGAUGAUAGCGGGAGCAAUGCUGGUACUGAGGACUAUCCUGGCGGCACAUCGGAAGCAUCUGGGCCCUUCAUACCCAAAAGACCGCAUCUCCGCAUAUGA